GCGCCGGGCGCGGCGGCGGAGGCCGGAAGCGGGCGGUGAUGGAGGCGCCCUCGGUGCCGGGCGCCUCGACGUCGGGCGCGGGGGGACGCGGGCCCAUCAAGGGUAUCCUGAAGAAAAGCGGCAGCAAGGUAUCGGCGGGGGGAACGACGCCCGGAGCCCGACGAGCCAGCCCGGCCUGCGAUGAAGACGAACACGGUAAAAAAUCACAGAAGUGGGAUGAAAUGAACAUCAUAGCUACAUACCACCCACCUGGAAAAGAUUAUGGCUUGAUGAAAAUAGAUGAGCCAAGUACUCCUUAUCACAGCAUGGUAGGAGAAGAUGAUGAGGAUGCAGUGAGUGAUUCAGAAUUAAAUGAGCCGUUAAAAGCAGAUGUGUUGAGUAAAAAACUGGCAGCCGCAGCUGAAGGUAAAGGACCCAAGAUUAUAGCAAGGCAAGAGGAAAGCAGUGAGGAGGAGGAAGACGAUGAAGACUUAAGUCCUGAAGAACGAGAGAAGAAAAAACUGUUUGAAAUGAAGAGAAAAAUGCAUUACAAUGAAGGACGAAACAUCAAACUGGCAAGACAGCUCAUUGAAAAGGAACUGCAUGGUGAAGAAGAUGAUGAUGAUGAUGAUGAUGAUGAGGAUGAAGAGAUGCAUGAUGAUGCAGAUGUAGAAACAAUGAAUACAGAAGGUACCGAUCAUGACUGAGAUUUCUUGGUGAUUGAAAUGAAGAUGGCCAGUCCAGUCAGUGAUGCACAUGGUACUCGUGACCAGCUGGGAAGUCGAGCACACAGCAUAGAAGAAAUCUGUCCAGAACUGUAACUGCUUGUCAAGGACACAAAUAUAAACAUCGCUUCAUUUUUGCAAUUAAGGCUCUUAAAUAUUGAGAAGCAUAUCAGUUAUGAUGUUGUAUUGCCAAGAAUGUUAAUUUUAGAUUUGUCCAUUAGGCAGAAAAACUGUCUAAUUGAUUUAUUCUUGUGCCUAGUUUUUCAUGGAGAAUACUGCUUCAUAAUCUGUUCAACCAGAAUGGCAUUCCCUGUAUCUAUAACGCUGGUUAUCUUGCAUAAUGUACUGUUGCUCUUCAUGCUUUAAAACCUACAGUAUCUUUUGGUUGUUCACUAUUUAUUUGAUAGUGUUCUAGGUGUGGUUUCUCUUAUUGAAAGGUUUGAGAUUCCAGAGCCAAACUAUGUGCAGCAUAUAUCAGAUUGACAUGAAAGCUACUUAACAGAUGUGUUAAACAGUUUAAAAAGGGAUUAAGUCUUAAAGUUUUUGUAAAAUGUUGACUUGUUAAUCUAGAUUUCAAUAUUUUAUUACCACUACUUUCCCAGUCUUUACAACAAGAGCUGAAUUAUUUUUUAAGAGGAGUGUUUGGACUUAGUUCUUAGUUCCUGAGUAAGGCAGUACUAACAUCUGGUAUAGGGAAUGCUUUUUACACUGGAAAUGUGCUAGCUUUGCAUUUAAUGGUCAUUGUCCCUUUCAUUGGGACUGAAUGUUUUGUGGAGGUCUGUUUGGCUUCUCAUAAGAACAUGGAAGUUCUCUCCAACUUUUCUCUUAAAGCCACAUCCACUGCCACUCUUCUGGCUCUUGUUUCAAACUUCUGGUCCUUCCCAGUUGCAUGAAGACAAGAUUGUGCUCCUGGCACCUGAAGAAAAACACCCAACUAUGAGCAAAUCCACAUCAGGACUGUGAAGGUGGAUGAGUUUUGGCUCUGGCUGUUCUUUAUAUAAAGAUAAUUGCUGCUGAUCUCCUACUUGUUUGAGGUUGGUAACCUGCAUACUGAAAACCACUGGUCUAAAUCUUCCUGUAUCCGUUGCAACUUUUAAAGCAGCUGCUUUUGUAAAAUGAAGGCUGUUUUGAAGAAUAGAAGGGAAACUUCAAACACUUGUUUACCAUGUGGUUGUAUAGCCCCUGUAAAGACAGAUUCUGAAUCUCCAAAUUGCUGUAAACAACAUCCCACUUUGGUAGAAUUUGACUGGUGAAUGUUCCAGUAAUCAGAGUUGUUCCUGGGUUUUAUUACACAGUAAGGUAUACACUUAAACUUUGGCUUGGUUCUGUGUAUAUCUGAAUUUUGAUCCGAAUUUGAUAUCUUGCAAAAAUCCAUGUAACUAUAUGGAUCUAUUUUAAAAUGUCUUUUUGUCCACUGUAUAUGUGAAGUUUGAAUAAAGGAAUGACAGUUAUUUUACAGAUACAUGUAUUCUCAAGUGUGACCUUUCAUGGAAUCCAGGAGAUAUUGAGAGUGAGUAAGGCAAAUAGGAUGCUGUCCUUUGAAGAUUGACAUAGGAGUAAUGAAUUAGAAUUGAUGCAUUGCCAAAGAUACCUGUGAGUUGUGCUGAGUGUUGCAGUGCGCCUUUCUCAGUGGUAUCUCCUUAGUGGGUAACAAGGUUGUGAGUUGUGGGAUAUUUAGUCUUCUAAGGCCCUGACUCAGGAUUAACAGGAUCUUGCCACAAAGAUCUUAAUUCUUGAUUCAAGUGCAGUAGUGAUGCUGAUUUUUCAAAUUAGAGAAUGUUUUCUUCUUGUAUCUAACAUGGUCGCUUCUAUAGAUUAAACAGGGGCAAAGAGUGAGUAUUUAGGUACUUCUGGCUCCUGAAGUCACUUAAUGACUUUGGCUCCCAAAAAUAGGAUUUCAAAACUUUAAGGUUUGCACCCUUAUGUACCAGCUUGCAGUGUUGAGGCUGUUGGAAUGUCUGCACCAACCUGUAUUUCAGUGUGACCAGCUGAUGGCUGUGUCUGCCCCAGCCAGAGCAGCCCCUGCUGAGGGAAUGGCAGCUCUCAGCUGUGCUGUGUUACUUUCUGACAAGCACAAAUGGGCUAGUAUUGGACAAAGGUGAACAGAUAAUGCAGAUGUCUUCUGUGAUGUAAAACAAAGUACUUGUGCUAAGUACAUGUGGGAACUUUGCACCUGCAAUGAAGGCAGAAUCCAUCAGUACCAGCUCUUACAUGACCUAAUGCCCUGCCCUCCUUCCCCACUCACUUUCUGUGUCCAAGAUAUCAUUUUCAUUUUGGUGCUUAGCAGGAAUACUUUGUACAUGACAACACCUGCAAAGCAUUUUGUUUAACAUACAAAACCCUCACCUUUUUAACUUUCAAUACUUUUUUGUAAUGGCUUCCACAAUCCUGGAUAAAAUAGGUAUGCAGCUUUGUAGGAGGUACAGCACACAUUAACUGCAUGAAGGUGGUUUUAAAUGAAUCUUAGAAUGUUUAGUAGGUCCCUUCAUCAGUCAGAUGAUUUUGAGCUGCCUGGGUGAUCUCCCUUCUUCUGUGCCACCAAGCCCCCAAUUUUUAGUUAGAAGCCAUUUCAGAAUAAAUAGUAGGUUUAGUACAGGUUUUAUUAGAGGCCUUGGUCAUUUGAUUCCCUUCUGUGGUGGCAAAAAAUCUGUUCAUGUUUCAUCUGGUUUACCUGGAGUGCAACUUGAUGUACCUGACACUGCUUUUAACUGAGAGGCUGGUUUACUUGAUUUUAUCCAGACAUACACCAUCAAAGCUAAAAUAGGCAAGUUUACUUUGCUGUAACUAGAGAUACUCUCUAUAAUUAUUUUUCUUUACAAGGGGAUGUGUGUUUUCCUUCUGCCUGUGGAAAAAUCAGUUGAGGUUCCCUGCUGAAUGGGGGCAAAACAAGAAAUGCCUUUUCUCUUUUUAUAUUUGAUGUGGACUUAGCUUGCAUGCAGGUGUUAACUUUGGGGUGCAUAUGGUGAAGGUUUAUUUGGACAGUAAGGUAUAAAGAAGAAACAAAAGACAUGGAACCCCUACUAAGGUGGACAUUGAGCUCCACAGCAACAUCACUGUGAAGCUUCUUGCACAGGCUUAAUUCCUCUAGCCAGAUCCAGUUUAGAGAGAGUAUUCCUAAUAUGCUUCCAAGAGGAAGAUCAAUUGCAAAUAAGAGCCUUAACUCCGUCUUUUUUUUUCUGUCUGUAAGGUUUCUUUCACACCGAGUUGUACACAGUUCAUGGAAACUGCAAAUAUUUUUUCCACAGUUCACUCUUUCAUGUUAUAUUUGUGUAUCUUAACAGAAUUCUUUGUUUCGGUACCAUGCUUUUUGUGGUGUUUGUUACAAUACCACCUCACAAAUGUAAUCAUUCUGUUUGAAACCAGUGUUAAGUGUCACAACUUAAAUAAAAUUAUUGUUUUCAUUACUC